AUGACUGCUAAAUUUUCCCAAAAUAAGGUGAAGCUGACAGCAGAGCUGAUUGAGCAGGUGACACAGUACACCAAUGCUGUGCAGGAUCAAGAGCUGGACCUUUGUGGAUAUAAAAUUCCUGUCAUUGAAAAUCUAGGUGCUACCUUAGACCAGUUUGAUGCUAUUGACUUUUCUGACAAUGAGAUCAGGAAACUGGAUGGUUUUCCUUCAUUGAGAAGACUGAAAACUUUACUAGUGAACAACAACAGAAUUUGUCGAAUAGGUGAGGGACUUGGUCAGGCUCUUCCCUGUCUGACAGAGCUCAUCCUCACCAGCAACAGUCUAGUGGAACUGUAUGAUCUGGAUCCUUUGGCAUCUCUCAAAUCACUGACAUAUCUAAGCAUCCUAAGAAAUCCUGUAACGAAUAAGAAGCAUUACCAACUUUUUGUCAUCUAUAAAGUUCCACAAGUCAGAGUACUGGACUUUCAGAAAGUGAAACUAAAAGAGCAUCAAGAAGCAGAGAAAAUGUUCCAGGGCAAACUGGGUGCGCAGCGUGCAAAUGAUAUUGCCAGGAGAAGCAAAACUUUUAAUCCAGGUGCUGGUUUGCCAACUGACAAAAAGAAAGGUGGGCCAUCUGCAGGGGAUGUAGAAGCCAUCAAAAAUGUCGAAGCAUUUGCAGUGGUUGAGAGGCUGAAGGGCUUGCUACAGUCCGGGCAGAUAUCUGGCCAAGAGCACAGAUCAGGACCAGGUGAUGAUGGUGAAGAAGAGAUAGAAGAAACACAGUCAGAACUGGGUCCUGAGCUCUGUAGCAGAGGCUCUCUAGACAGGUCUGGCUUUUUUGAGCAAGGAGUAACAACCUUGCUUGUAUGA